AUGGCGGCGGCGGGGGGCGCAGCGAGCCGCAGGGGCCCCGGGCGGCCCUGCCCCUUCUCCAUUGAGCACAUCCUCUCUAGCCUGCCCGAGCGGAGCCCCCCGGCACGGGCCGCCCGCGCGCCGCCGCCCGGCGGCCGCCAGAGCCCCGCGGAGCCCGGGGAGCCCGGGGCGCCCGAGGCCGCUCCCUGCGCCUGUUGCUGCUGCUGCGGGCCCCGCGCGGCGCCCCGAGGGCCCCCGGAGCCGGCCGCCGGACUGGGCGCGCGGCUGCCGUGGCCGCUGAGGCUGGGCCCCGCCGCGCCCUUGCCCUUGUCCGCGCCCACUGGAGGUUCGGGGGCGCUGCCGGGCGCCGGCGGCCCCGGGCCGCAGCGGCGCACGCGGCGCCACCGCACCAUCUUCAGCGAGGAGCAGCUGCAGGCGCUGGAGGCGCUCUUCGUGCAGAACCAGUACCCCGACGUGGGCACGCGCGAGCGCCUGGCCGGCCGCAUCCGCCUGCGCGAGGAGCGCGUGGAGGUCUGGUUCAAGAACCGCCGGGCCAAGUGGCGACACCAGAAACGCACGUCAGCAACCUCGAGGCUCCUCCCCGGAGCCAAGAAGGCCCCAAAGGACAGCUCCUGAUGGCCCUGGUAGCCAUUCCUGGUCUUGGCCGCGUCUUCGGGGGGCCGACUAGGAGAGAGGACAGAUCUACCCGAGAUCGAGCUGAGAGAGGACACCAGCCUCUUCCCGUCUGUCUGCAGGACUUCCGGCUUCUGGAGCUAGUGCUCAAGGCAGGAGCCCGCUGCUGAAGUGUGUGUCCCCCCACUCCCCAUCUGCCUUGUCACCUGCCCCGGGGAAAGGAGGGAACACUGAGCAUCUCCAUGUGCUCUCCUCUGCAGUGACUAGGGUCAGGAAGAUUCCCUGGGGG